CGCCGCUCGCUGCCGAGCUCAGGUCACGGGUCCGUCCCUCCCAGCCCCGCCGCGCCACCGCAGCCCCACUGCCGUCCCCGCCGGAGAAGGAGCGAGGCCGUUCCCUGCGCAUCCUCGCAGCAUCAUGACCCUUCAGGCUGACUUUGAUGGUGCUGCAGAAGAUGUAAAAAAAUUAAAAACAAGACCAACUGAUGAAGAACUGAAGGAACUAUAUGGAUUCUACAAACAGGCUACUGUUGGAGAUAUUAAUAUUGAAUGUCCAGGAAUGCUAGAUUUGAAAGGCAAAGCCAAAUGGGAGGCAUGGAACCUGAAAAAAGGUCUAUCAAAGGAGGAUGCCAUGAAUGCCUAUAUCUCUAAAGCAAGAGCAAUGGUAGAAAAAUAUGGAAUCUAGAAUAUUCAAAAUAAUUCCCACUAAUAAUUAACUCUUCAGUAGCUGAUGAACUAACUCUGUUGAGAAAAAUGUAGUACUAACUCCUUUUUGUGUAGUCUGACACUAAUAUCUUUUAAGCAUCAGCUGUUUGACUUUAAAGGGUAUUUACAUAUAUAAUCUAUUUUUAGCUUGUAUAUUAAUCUAAAUAAAUUUGAAUUUAAUUAAUUAA